CUCAAAACGUCCUAACACCUAGGUGCGUAAGUCAGCUGUGUGGAAGCAACGUCACAUUGCUAGAUGGAUGGAUGGAUGCAGUGACCAGGUCGUCGCAGCCCACCCCGGCCAGCAACAUCACCACCAUCGUCAGGCAAUGGAUGGAUUCCAUGUAGCCCGCUCACGUGAUGGUUGCAUUCACGUGUGGGCCACAGUGAAUCCCCAUUACCGAACGAUGAAGAUGUAUGCUGUUGCCAGGGCAAGAAAGGAAAAGUCUCUCCCUCCCUCCCUCGCUCAACCAACCAACCGCCCACGCCCACACCACACUCAGCAUACAUAUGGCUAUGACAGAAAAAGGGAGGCGGGGAGACGGCACCACACAGAUUGUAGCUAUGCAGCUAGGCAGCUAGGAAGACAGGCAGGAGUAUACACAAGAGGUGGGGCGGCGAGUGGGGGGGCAUACACGGCACCCGUCCGCCAUAUCAAGGCCGAUCGAUCGAAACGUCUUAAAGGCUAAAGGCAGCACUUAGUAAGUCCUCUCGAAGGUAUCUCAACCGUACCGUACCCUCUCAACCGUGGCCACAUGCAAGUAUAUACAACACACAGAUGUGCAUAAAGACAGACAGACAGACAGACACGUUUGUAUACACACCACAACCACCCCUCUCUCUCUCUCUCUCUCUCUCUCCAAUCUCUCACGUCCUCCCCUUUGCAUAUGUCUGAAUAAUCGACUGGUAUGGCGGCACGCUCCCACCGCCCCUCCCGUGCACACACGACACACCCACACGAUGGCCAGCAGGGGGCCGCCCGGCUGGUGGAGGUGGGGGCGGGGGAGGUGGGGGCGGAGCCGCCGACGGGUGGUGCACGUGGUCCACCUGUACGAGUGGUGGCUGUGGUUGGCUGCUGCUCUUGAAGAGGGCGUCCAGCCGCAUGUGCACUUCCUUGGCAGGCCGCUUGGGGGCGAUGUGGUAGUCCCUCAUGAGCUGCGCCAGGGGGCUCACGUACUGCCCGCCCGCCACGCCAGCAGCCCUGGCGAAGUGCGCCGCCUCCAGGGGUGCCUGGUUGUGCCACUUCCACACAGAGUCGCUCCAGUCAGCAGUGGUCAGAGGAUGGCCCAUGUGGGUGUGGCCACAGUCGUCCAGGCCAGCGGUCUUGAGUGUGUGUGAGGUUGGGGCGGGGGUGCUGGUGGUGGUGGUGGUGGGGAAUGCGGGUGGGGGUAUGAAUGUUGCGGUGGGGUGGUGGUGUGUGAGGACGGCCCAGAGCAUCAGCAGCUUGGUCGGGCAAUGCGCCAACACGUAGGCGGCAUGCUCCGCAGACACCUGACCAGGAUCUGAUCACACACAGGGUUGUCAUUCUGUUGUCUUUUUCUCUGUUUUUCUCACCGGGUGUGUGUCCAUGAUUGGUCCAGAUGUCGCUCCACAGCUUCUCUAUCUUGUCGAUGGUCUCACGCCCAACACUCUCCUGCAGCCAGACCAGACCAGAGACAUCCAUUUCACACAUGUAUUCACUUGUCUGAUUGAGUUUUUCCCCCACACACAGGUACCUACCUGCGUGGCGUCGAGUAUAAGCUGUCCGCAUCCCUUGAGGAACCGCACGGUGUCGCUCAGUGUCCACAGCGACGGAUGACGGGCAGCCUGAUCGUGCACGACACACCAACAGCCAUACACGCCUGGUCUGCGUGUGUUGGGUGCUAUCUAUCUGGUGCAGACCUGCGCACCUCUGUGGCUGUGGGUCGGCAUGUGGGGUCGGGAUUGGUGAGCAUACAGAAGAAGUCCUUCAGCAGCGGACGGUCGUCAAACUGACACACACACAAGCCACAAGACAGACAAGACAAGGCACCACACGCAAUGUCGGAACACACAGACAUCGGUCUCUCUCCCUCUCUGUCUGUGUGUGUGUGUGUGACCUCUUUCAUCGCGGGUUUUGUGCCGCUAGCGAUGCGAUCUGCGAGCAUCUGUUGGCCCGAGUCCGAGUGCGACGGGCCGUAGGGAUGCACCGCAGCCAUGAGGUAGUACAGACUCACACCUAAGGAGAACACACACACCAAUGUCCGGCUAUACGCACACCUGCCCCCUUCACCCCGCCCGCCGACCCACCAGUGCUCCAUAUGUCGGAUGUGCGCAGCAGUGAGAGGACGUACCCCGUCCAGGUGCCGCCCGCACACCCACCGCACGCCUCACUGCAGUGCGGCCCGUUGCCGCCACGACCAUUGCUGUCGUGCCACCCGCUAGACUUGAGGUGACCCUACACACACACACACACAGAGAGAGAGAGAGAGAGAGGUCCACUCACAUGUGGGGGGCCGUUGUCUGUCUCUCCCUCCCUCGUGGACGUACGGCGGGGUUGUUGAGGUAGUGGUGCACUUCGGGUGAGUAGAAGAUCUGCAUGCCCAGAGGGGGCAGCUCCACACCCACACCCUUGCCGUGGCUGCUCUUGUUGCUGCUGCUGUUGUUGUUGUUCCUGUUGAUGGCGUGCCCCAUCAGCUGCUGGAAUGACGACGGUGACGACGAUGGUGCAGCCCCGGUAGAAGUCGGUGGCGGUGGCGGGUGGGGCGGGGGGGAGGGAACGGGCGUGGGGGCUGGAGACACGAGGAGGGAACAGAGAAAUAGAGAAGUAGAGAAAUAGAGAUGUUGGUGUGUUGUUGACUGCGCAUUGUGGCUGCGUACCAGUAGCAGAUGAGAGUGGCGGGUACUGUGUGUGUGAGGGAGGGGUGGAGGGACGCGUCUUGGUGUAGCUGUAGGGCUCCUGGUUGGGGGUGGCGGUGACUCCCUGCUGCUGCUGCCGCUGCUGCUGCUGCUGCUGGUGUUGCUGUUGUUUGACUGUGCGGUUCCUGGCCUUCUUGUGUUUGUUGGUGCACUUGUGGAGGGUGCUGCCCCGCUGCUGGCCGGUGCUGGUCAGCAACUCGGCCGGGCGGAGGGCGAUGCGAGAAAUGAAAUCACCCAGCUGCACCACACACACACACACACGGACAGAGAGAGAGAGGCAUGGCCCCAUACAUCCAAGGUGAGAUGCGGCUGUGUUGGGCGAUUGCCGACUGACCAUGACGUGCACGCGUCUGUGGCUCUUGGUGGUGGCGGUGCUCUUGUUGUUGUAUUUGUUGGUGUCUUGUAUCUUGACGAAUAUGUUGUCGGGCCGUACGGCGAGGUGCGUGACCUGCCGCUGGUGCAGCUCCGCCAACGCAUGCAGCACACCACCCACCAACUCACGACCUACACAACACACACCAACACAACACAACACAACACAGCACCCAUGACAUGAACCACCAGCAGAAGAAAAGCACCAAGCGUCUCCCGCCCUGAUCUGGUCACUCACCUUCGGCAGAGAACUGUCCGUGUUUGUCGAACCACUGCGGCAGUGGGAACGCGUAGAAGAGCAGCUGCUGGAACGACAUCCACUCACGGCAGUCGAGCUCCACCCCGCCACACCCAAGCCCCAUAUGCGUCAGGGGUGUCAGCUUGCCCUGCGGCGGAGGGACGAGAGCCUCACUGGCGGCCGCCUGGGCGAAUACGGCCUGCAGACCCCACCGGCCGUUGCGACGGAGGGACGCCGCAGCGUCCUCCUGCACACCACACCGUAGCCAUGUCUGUCUGUGGGGGUGAGUGCAGCGGGGGCGUGUGUGGAUGGUCUUGUCUUACGGCGAUGGGUACGGUGGAGCAGGGCGAGCAGACGAGUGGCAUGGGGUCACUCUGUAGCUUCCAGAGGUCGUUGGCGAGGCACUGCACAUCCUCCUCACGGUACGCAUAAAGGAGGGUCUGCAAACACACACGCCCAUGCAUUCUUAUGGUGCAUAUGUGUGUGUGUGUGUGUGUGUGUACUGCGUCUCUCUGAGGUGUGUGUUUCUUGUCACCUUGAGCACUCCAGCGACGUCCUUGCCGUUCACCUUCAGCACAACCUGACGCACCUGCACACACACACGAAAGAUGGAUACACAUACAUCGCAGCAUCAGAUCUCGCCACAUAGAUCUCGCCACAUGCACGAUUCUCUCGCUUGUGCCUUGCUCCCUGUGUGUGCGUGGCCUCUGUCUGUCUGUCUGUCUGUCUGUCUGUCUGCGCACCUCAGCAAUAGCAUCGCCGUCGGGCUCACACGGCUCACACACACGGUGCACAAUGUGCGGAAGGCGCGGCAUAGUGAACAGGGCAAUGCCAGCAAUGAACACAAAGGCGCUGCCUUUGCCCGCCUGUCCUGUCUGCGA